AUGCGUAUUAACACCUACUUUUCGAUCUUAAUCCAAAUUAUCUCACUGUCGACGGCGAGGGUACACCGUCGACAAACUAAUGGCACUGAUGUGUUGAAAUUCAUCGACCCAUUGAUAGGUUCUCGGGAUGGAGGCAAUGUCUUCUCUGGUGCGACUCUGCCAUAUGGCAUGGCUAAAGCCGUUGCGGACGUUGAUGGGGCAAACACGGGAGGCUUCUCUACUGAUGGAAGCAACGUAACCGGUUUCUCUGCCCUCCACGAUUCUGGGACUGGAGGCUUUCCGAGUUUGGGAAACUUCCCCAUUUUCCCACAGCUCUGCUCUGGAGACGACAUUAACGAUUGCAAAUAUCAAAUUGCUGCACGUGCGACUCACUAUAAAGGCGACUCGGUCAAAGCACGACCAGGCUACUUUGGAUUGUCGCUAGAGAAUGGCAUAUUUGCCGACAUGACUGUUUCGGAGCAUACCGCUCUUUUUCGAUUCGACUUCUCUAAGGCGUCCACUGGUAAUUCGAGCUCAAACCCCCUGAUCCUCCUCGACUUAACUGAUCUUUCGGCGAGCCGGCAAAACGCUUCAAUCAGUGUCGAGGCAACCGAGGGUGCUGAAAACGGAAGAAUAAAGGGAAACGGAACUUUUAUUCCCAGCUUCGGAGCAUCAACGUACAAGUCUUACUUUUGUCUGGAUCUGUCUGGGGCAACGGUACGGGAUUCUGGAGUUUGGGUCAACAGUCGAGCUGGUACAGAACCAAAACAGCUUUUCGUCACGCGCGGCUUCAACUACUUUUAUCUCGAGGCUGGGGGUUUUGUACGCUUCAAGGGACCGCUUUCGGGCCCCUUGCUUGCGCGGAUGGGAUUGAGCUUCAUUAGCACUGACCAGGCAUGCCAGAAUGCUGAGCGCGAGAUACCCAACCCUGACAACGACUUUGAUCAGUUAGUCAAAUCAGCCGAAGACACAUGGCGUGAGAAACUGUCUCCGAUCUCGAUAGAAGCGGGAGACGUGGACCAAAGCUUUCUGGUAAACUUCUGGAGUGCGGCAUACCGGACAAUGAUAUCUCCCCAGAACUACACAGGCGAGAACCCGCGUUGGCAAAGUACCGAGCCAUACUACGACUCCUUCUACUGCAUUUGGGACCUCUGGCGAGCCCAACUCCCUUUUCUUUCGGUUCUUGAUCCAGGAAUGAUCUCAGUCUUCAUCAGAAGUCUAUUGGACACGUACAAGCAUCGCGGCUGGCUUCCAGACUGUAUGAUGAGUACCUGCAGCGGCUGGACACAAGGCGGCUCCAACGCAGACAAUGUCCUCGUAGAUGCCUACGUUAAGAACGUCACCACUGGCAUAGACUGGGAGCUCGCCUACGAAGCCAUCGUCAACGACGCCGAAAACGAGCCUCUAGAAUGGAGCUUCCAAGGCCGCGGCGGCUUGACCAGCUGGAAAAGACUCAACUACAUCCCAGCCCUCGACUUCGACCCUGUCGGCUUCGGCACAAACUCACGCAGCGUAUCCCGCACCCUCGAAUACGCCUACAAUGACUACAACCUCGCCGUCCUCGCCCGCAGCCUAGGCAAAGACACGGCACCGAAAUAUUUUUCCCGUGCUACAAACUGGAAGAACCUCUUCAAAGCUGACCAAAAAUCUUCUGUCAACGGCACAGACACUGGUUUCGUAGGCUACUUCCAGCCCAGAUAUCUCAACGGCACAUUCGGAUUCCAGGACCCCAUUGCAUGUAGUCCGCUAACGGGUUUCUGCUCUUUAACGAGCAACGCGGCUGAGACAUUCGAAAGCAGUCUUUGGGAGUACAUGUUUUUUGUGCCACAUGAUAUCGGUCAGGUGAUUGAGUUGGUGGGCGGCGACGAAAAGUUUAUCAGUCGUUUGAAUUUCUUCCAUACAUCAGGUUUGGCAGAUAUAGGGAAUGAGCCGGUUUUCUUGACGGUUUCUUUGCCGCAUUAUGCGGGGAGGCCGGCAUUGUCGGCUGAGCGGGCGCAUUAUUAUAUCCCAUCUCGAUUCAACACCUCCCCCGGCGGCCUCCCAGGUAACGACGACAGCGGCUCUAUGGCUAGCUUCACGCUCUUCCACAUGCUGGGUCUCUUCCCUAACCCCGGUCAAAACAUAUAUUUCAUCACUCCUCCAUUCUUCCCCUCAGUCUCUGUAACCAACAAGUUGACUAACGCGACUGCCACCAUCCGCACCGUCAAUUUCGAUGCGCAGUACAAGAAUAUCUACAUUCAAAGUGCGAAGCUAGAUGGCAAGGAGUAUACUAAGAAUUGGAUUGGACACGAGUUUUUCACAAACGGAGGGACGCUGGAGUUAGUACUGGGGGACAAAGAAAGUAAAUGGGGCACGAACAAGGAAGACAGACCACCGAGUAUGUCUGACGACAAUGGCGCAGCAGUCGGUACGGAAUUGAAAUUCACAAUGUAG